AUGGCAGGAUUUCAUGUGUCAUCACUUAAACCGAACGAAGUCUCAGUUAAUUUACGAUCAGGCACAUUUGCAUUGAAAUGGCCCGAAGAAAGCAACAAACCAGUGACGCCAAUUGCUGUCAAUUUAUCUGUCGAUUCGAAAGGUUUUUAUUUAAUCUGUUUAAAUAAAGUGACUAAAGAAACGGAAUGUUUUGAUAUUGCCCUAAUCCAUGAUACACGAACUGGCUCAGAAGCAAUACUUCCCAGAGGUGCAUUGGAUUGCGAACAGAUUCAUAUUGGUGUCCGUGCAUCACUUGAAGACAAAUGGCUAACGAUUUACUAUGGAAAUUCGUUUGUACCCGAUCGUGAUUUGCGUAUCAUUCAUUUUUGCUUUUCUUCACCGACUAUCGCACGGGAAUGGACUGAACAAUUGUUUCAAUACGGACAUAAUCCUCUACUUAGAAACCUCUCCGGUUUGGAAUGUUUAGAAAAAUUUCACUCGAGAACCGUCAAUAGUCUCAUUGAUGACCGGAGUGAUAAAACCAUAUCUGUUCGAAACCUAAUACAAUUUCUAUGUAAAGGCACGCGUGAUGUGAAUAAAGAAACGAAAAUUCUCAAAGCACUGGAAUAUUUGGAAUUACCAUGUCGACCCGAAAUGUUUAUCGAUCCGGAUCAGUUUACAUUCAAUAAAUUCGUUCGUUUCUACAUGCAAUUGAUGGAACGUCAUGAAAUCGAUAAACUAUUCGAUGCAACAAAAUGUGAAAUCGAUAUAGACGAAGGUGUUUUAGCCAUCGUGCCGGGCGGCAAACAUCGACGAUAUCUGGACUGGGAGAAAAUUCGAGAUUUUAUUGUCAAACAGAAUGAUGGGCGUGGUGAUGCAUUCGGAAAGGAUUAUUAUGAUCAGAAAGCGAAAGAUUAUGUGAAGAAAUACACCCAACAUAAUAAACAUUUCGUAGAAAAAGGAAUGUGCGAUGAAUCAUUUCUUCGAUAUUUACUCAGCUUGGAUAAUUUAAUUGUUGAUCCCACUAAAUUUGAUCUUUUUAUGGACAUGGAUAAACCUCUAUCACAUUAUUUCAUCUCCUCAUCGCAUAAUACUUAUCUCACAGGAUCUCAGUUAACUGGUCGUGCAAGUACAGAAAUGUAUCGACAAGUUUUAUUAACAGGUUGUCGAUGUAUCGAAUUAGAUAUCGUCGAUUCCGAGAAGAAAACCGACGAGCCUGAAAUUAAGCAUCGAAAUACCCCUGUACGUUCUGUACCAUUUUACAAUGUUAUUUGUGCCAUUCGAGAUUGUGCUUUCAAAGUUACUCCUUAUCCACUAAUACUUUCAUUCGAAAAUCAUUGCAGUGCGCGAGUUCAAGCAAAGAUGGCUCAACUUUUAGUCGAUGUUUUUGGUGAUACUCUCGUCACUCAACCACUUAAAACUCAUCCGAUUGAAGACAACUGUGCAUUACCGAGUCCGAAUGAUUUAAAAUACAAAAUUUUAAUUAAAAACAAAAAACUUACACAAAAUCCCAAAUCGAAACUCAACAACACGGCUGGUCAACUGCCAAUUCGAAAGACCGAUUCAAUUGCCACGACUACAAGUGACCAGAGUGUCGGUACGGGACAUCCCUCGACAUCUCCCAUUCAAUCAUCGUUUGUCAAUUCACCAAAUGACAUGACACAACGUAAACAAUCGGUUUUUAAUGAAAUUCGAAAUGAUUUACCGAUGAAUGAAUUCGAUACACAAUUGACAAGCGAUAACAAUCGGAACGAUAUCAUUAUCGAAGAAGAAGAUGGCUCUACUGAAGAAGAAGACAUCGUUCCGGCAAAUCCAACGGAUAUUUUAAACCCUGAUCAAACAGUCAAUCUGACGAACAAUCCAACUUAUCCAACGAACAGUGAUGCACUAGCGGAAUCGAAAGCGACGAAAGCAAUGUCGGAUCUCGUGCACUAUAUUGUUCCGCGCUCAUUUGUAACAUUUGCUGAAUCAGAAAAACGUAAUCGAAGUUAUGAAAUUUCUUCAUUUGCAGAAGAUAAAGCACAGAAUUUAAUUCGUGAAUAUGCUAUUGAAUUUGUUGCUUAUAAUCAACGACAAUUGAGUCGAAUCUAUCCUCGUGGUACACGUUUCGAUUCAAGUAACUAUAACCCAUAUCUAUUCUGGCCUGUGGGCUGCCAAAUGGUCGCCUUGAACUAUCAGACAUUAGACACCCCGAUGCAAGUCAAUCUAGGUUUAUUUUCUUUCAACGGUGGUAGCGGUUACAUCGAGAAGCCCGCAUCACUUUGCCAGUCAACCGGUUCAUUCGAUCCCAAAGGUCGAACGAAUGUUGAAAAUGUUGUUGGCUAUCAGAUCGACAUUAAAGUCAUAUCUGGUCAAUUUUUUUGUCAAGAUCGUGAACCAACCUACGUGGAUAUCGAAAUGUACGGCAUGUAUGCAGAUGCUACAAAACGACAUGAGUAUCGUCUGCGUGCUAAACGAUGGAAUGGGUUCCAAGCGAUUUACGAUGAAACAGAUGUAGAACAAGGCGAGUUUUGCAUUCGAUUUUCGAAAGUGAUUCUACCGGAAAUGGCUUCGUUUCGUUUUGCUGUUUCGGAAGAAGACGGCACAUUCAUUGGACAAAGUUUCAUCCCCGUCGCACAUCUACGCCCAGGGUAUCGUCACGUUGUUUUACGAAAUCAAAUGAAUAUCCCUGUUCAAUCAGCGACUCUAUUUAUUUAUAUUCGAAAAGACGUUCACGUCGAUGCGGAAAAUAGAGAAUUAAUUGAUCAACUUGUUUCACCUACAUCCGUGCAGCCGAUCAUCAAAGAACAGCAACCUAAACAGAUCAAAUUCAAACCACUUUCUGAACAACGUUCACAUUCGGUUGGAGAAAUCAGUACAAUGAAAAAAUAUUCCAAUGACGAAAUCACAUCCUUACCCGAUCACCAUCCGAUCAAUUCACCUAUUGCACAUCGUUAUCCAUCAACGACAGAGAUGAAUUUAUCACCCAAAGGAGUUCCUGUUCAACAGAGAAAACGUCUGCAAUCUAUCGCAAUGAUAGAUACGAAUUCUUAUCAAAACAGAUUGAUUGCCGCGAGUCAAUUGUAUGACAAAGAGAGAUUAUGUCGAGAUCUUGACUUCAACGAUGUACAAGAAAGCAAAUAUUUCAAACGAAAACGAGAAUCUAUAGAAACAAAAAUGCGUCGCGCAUCGUUAGAAUUCGAUCGGAAGAUUCAAUAUGAAGAAGAACGUUUUCACAAAUGUCUCUACCGGCAACGCACUGGAAUUUAUUCAGCAAAUCAACGACCAAGUCAUCAGUGGACUCAAACGGAGUAUAACGACGGUCGGACGACAAGUUUAAUUCAUCCACGAAUCGUCAGCGAUGAAAUGAAACAAGCUGAAACUCGUCUUCUCGAUCUUUAUUCCAAAAAAUUUCAUUCACAAAACGAGUUAGAAUAUAAACUCUCAAAAGAAUACUAUAAUGAUCUGGAAAAAUAUAUCAAUGAUUAUUAUUCCAAACAGUUGAACUAUAUUAAUGAUACAUUGAAACAUGAACAAGCGAGAGUGAAAGGUGAUGUGCGUGUUCACAUGAAAACUGAAACGAAGAAGACAAUUAUGACUGAGACGGAUAGAGAAAAAAUCGAUAGUUUAAAAGAAAAAAUUCGUCAAAUGAAUAUCGAAGCUGGUGCUUUGGCAAUACGAAAGCUCCAAGAAAUGCAUGAACAAUUAGAAGCGUCUAUUCAAACAAAUCUGCAAAAUUCCUUGAAACGUCUUCAUAAAGACAAAGAUUUGGAAACCAAGAAUCGCUUCAGUAAAUAUUCCAAUCAGCUCAAUGAAAUCAAAGCUCGUUUACAAGGUGAAAUACAUGGUUAUAAUUCUCAUCAUCCGCGUGACAGUUCUUCUUCUAAUUCUCCCUACCGUUCAGCAAUAACCACAAGUGCUUCACUUUCAGCUAUUUCUCAUGAAAUUCCAGCGAAUCCAUCAAUUUUUCUCCCCGUGUUACCAACAUCUUCUUCAUCCUCAAACCUUAUCAUCGCAAACUCGUUUGAUAGUCUAGAUAGUAAUAGUACAAAGCAUAAUCAAUAUGAUAAUGAAGGAUUUAUGAACAACGUAAAUGAAACGACUGAAUCAACACGAUUAUGA